AUGGCCAACCCGAAAGAGAGGGAGAAGGAGCUGCACCGCGCGCGCCUCGUCGCCAGCGUCGCGGCAACCGUCAUCUCCCUUGCCUGUGGCACCAACUACGUCUACUCAGCAUGGGCACCACAAUUUGCCGAGAGAUUGAAACUCUCCUCGACCGAAACGAACGUCAUCGGCCUCUCAGCCAACUUGGGAAUGUACUCACUCGGCGUUCCCGUCGGCAUGCUAGUCGAUCAUAAAGGCCCUCGGUCCGCAGUCAUUGGUGGUUCCGUUCUGCUUGCUCUCGGUUACUUCCCUUUCCAUAUUGCCUACGAUCGCGCGGCCGGCGCUGUCCCGCUUCUCUGCUUCUUUUCGUACCUCACCGGCCUCGGCGGCUGUAUGGCCUUUGCUGCCGCUGUCAAGACGUCCGCCCUCAAUUGGCCUCAUCAUCGCGGCACUGCAACGGCUUUUCCUCUCGCUGCGUUUGGCCUGAGUGCCUUUUUCUUCUCAACAUGUGGCACCCUCUUCUUUCCGGGAAACACCAGCGCCUUCCUGGCCCUACUCUCAUUUGGAACCUGCGGCUUAACUUUCCUCGGCUUCUUCUUCCUGCGUGUUUGGCCCCAUACCAGCUACCAUAGUCUGCCCGCCAGUGACGUCCUGUCCGGCUCACAGCAGCUUCAUCGUACGUCCUCGGAGGAGGCAAAAGCCAACCGCUCCGGUCCUGGGCGCCGCUCCUCCUUGGUUGAACCUGGUACGUCGCCCAAAAACACAAAAAAUACUACUACAACCACUCUCAAUCCCACCGCCGACAACGAGCCGAUUUCCCCUCGGAAUGAACCGUCCGCGCCGUCUCGCGAGGCUGAUGAGGCGCAAAUCGAAGCCGUCGACGACGCCGAUGAUUACGAGCCCGACGAGACGUCCUCGCUAGUGUCGAGCUCCUCUUCAAUGCCCGGUGAUGUGUUUGUCCAGAGUAGUGUUGAUAUGGAUCGUUCCCAUCGUGUAGAUAUUCGUGGUUGGCACCUGUUUCGUGAACUCGACUUUUGGCAGUUGUUUUGCAUCAUGGGCAUUCUGACCGGUAUCGGGUUGAUGACUAUCAACAACAUUGGUAACGACGUGAAAGCUCUUUGGCGCCACUGGGACGAGUCAGUUGAUGAGGCAUACCUCAUCACCAUGCAACAGCUGCAUGUCUCUAUCCUAUCCCUGUGCAGCUUUGCCGGCAGACUUCUGAGUGGUGUUGGCUCGGAUUUCAUUGUCAAGGUCCUUCACGGCAGUCGGGUAUGGUGCCUUGUCGCAUCCAGCGCCGUGUUUUUCGUUGCUCAAAUUCUGGCGCUGAAUGUAACCAACCCUCACCUCUUGGGCUUGGUCUCUGGCCUAUCAGGCAUCGCCUAUGGCUUCCUCUUUGGUGUCUUCCCCUCAAUUGUUGCUGAAACAUUCGGUAUUCACGGCCUCAGCCAAAAUUGGGGUUUGAUGACACUCUCCCCUGUUGUUUCGGGCAAUAUUUUCAAUAUCUUUUACGGCAAAAUUUACGAUCAGCACAGUAUUCUUGGGCCGGACGGCGAACGCGUUUGCCAUGAUGGGCUUAAUUGCUACCGCGCCGCCUAUCUGAUGACCUUGGCGUCGUGCUCAGUUGGCCUCGUUCUGACGCUGUGGGUGAUCAGACACCAACGCGUGAAGUGGGCCAAGGAGGAGAAGGACAAAGCUGAGCAGCUGGAUUAG